UUUAGUAUUUCUACAUUUACUCAACACGUAAACAGUUUUUUGAGUUUUUUUUUUGUUUGCAAAAAGCCAAGCGUUUGCUUAAACAUAUGCCGACAUAGUUAACCGAGAGCAACAAUAACAAAAUAUGAUACACAGCCUGUUCAUAGUUAAUAACAGCGGCGAAGUCUUUUUGGAGAAGCAUUGGCGUUCCGUUGUCUCUCGCUCCGUUUGCGAAUACUUUCUCGAUGCACAGCGCGCCGCUCCCUACGAUGUGCCGCCCGUUAUUGCCACGCCCCACUAUUAUCUGAUCACUGUACAGCGGGAUAGCGUGUCCUUGGUCGCUGCCUGCAAGCAGGAGGUGCCGCCUUUGUUUGUCAUCGAAUUUCUGCAUCGUGUGGUGGACACCUUCCAGGACUAUUUCAGCGAUUGCUCCGAGUCUGUGAUCAAGGAUAACUAUGUGGUUGUCUAUGAGCUGCUCGACGAGAUGCUUGACAAUGGCUUCCCCCUGGCCACCGAGAGCAACAUACUCAAGGAGCUGAUUAAGCCACCGAACAUAUUAAGAACCAUCGCGAAUACAGUCACCGGCAAGAGCAACGUCAGCACUAUUUUGCCAUCCGGUCAGCUGUCGGCCAUACCCUGGCGCCGCAGCGGCGUGCGGUAUACCAACAACGAGGCCUACUUUGAUGUCAUCGAGGAGGUGGAUGCAAUCAUUGACAAAUCCGGCUCAACGGUCUUCUCUGAGAUACAGGGACACAUUGACUGUUGCAUUAAGCUGUCGGGCAUGCCGGACCUAACGCUCUCCUUUAUGAAUCCGCGUCUCUUUGACGAUGUCUCAUUUCAUCCUUGCGUACGCUUCAAGCGCUGGGAGGCCGAGCGUCUGCUCUCCUUCAUACCGCCCGACGGCAAUUUCCGUCUAAUGUCCUAUCACAUUAGCUCACAAUCGGUUGUGGCUAUACCCAUCUAUAUACGGCACAAUUUCUCAAUAAAGACGGGCGAGCAGGGGCGUUUGGAUCUCACAAUCGGGCCACGCAACACACUCGGACGCACCGUGGACAAGGUGAAGCUGGAGCUAACGAUGCCCAGGUGUGUGCUAAACUGCCUCCUAACACCCAAUCAGGGCAAAUACACAUUCGAUUCGGUGAGCAAAACGCUUGCCUGGGAUGUCGGACGCAUCGAUGUGUCGAAGCUGCCCAACAUACGAGGAUCGGUCUCAUUAACACCUGGCACACCGAACAUCGAUGCCAAUCCCUCCAUCAAUGUGCAAUUCCAAAUCUCUCAGCUCGCUGUAUCCGGUUUGAAGGUGAAUCGAUUGGACAUGUACGGCGAGAAAUACAAGCCCUUCAAGGGCGUCAAAUACUUAACCAAAGCGGGCAAAUUCCAGGUGCGCAUGUAGCUGCACGCUCCACAUGCCACACAUGCCACGCCCAGCCCACACGCCCCUUCUACUCAGCUUUAAUUAAGUGUAAAACAAAUCGAAGGAAACUCAAAUGUUCCACACAUGU